AAGAAUUCAUUGUCCAUUGAGAGCAAGCAGCUAUUUGUACCCUCUCAGCUCGUCACUACACAAGCAGCUAUUUGAUGCAACUCGAGCGCAAAAUUCGACAGCUUUGUGGACUAACUUAAAGUGUACCUGUGCUAGCGUGACGUGCUACAAACAUAGCGGGGACACAAGCCUAAUUCGUCAGGAGAAGUUUACACCUUGCCCAGGACUAUAUUAAUACAUAUGUAUAUAGAUAUAUAUGGCACGCUAGACCCACAUUGAGUUCAUACGAAUCAGACCACUCUUGUGACUUCCAUCUUCAGUUGUUGAGGACAUUUAUCGCAGUUUGUCGUAUAUUCCUGGAACUUGGAAAGACUUUGUAACCGACUUUCCGAUAUUGUGGGAUCGUUGUACAACAUCAUCGACGGCAAUGCACACCAUGUCGGACCCCAACUACGUUGAUGUUGAGCGUACUGACGAAAGGUAUCGCGCUCCUUGUGAAUCGGACAAGUUUUCGGCCGAAAUGGAUGGCGGGGCUUGCAAAAGCGCCGACAGCAGUCUCAAUGACAGCGGUGCUAGCGUCGACACAACCUCUACUGUUACAUCAGAUGAAGAAAGACGCCACAACGACGACGACAUUAAGAUGACGUCAUCAAGCGAAGAUGAGCACAUCGUAAGAAGCCCAGCGAGCAGUAAAGACAGUCCCCUAGACGACAACGGAGUCCGCCGUUACCGCACGGCGUUCACGAGGGAGCAAAUCGGCCGUCUGGAGAAAGAGUUUCUCAAAGAGAACUACGUGUCACGUCCAAAGCGUUGUGAACUGGCAGCGUCCCUCAAUCUGCCCGAGAGCACCAUCAAGGUGUGGUUCCAAAACAGACGCAUGAAGGACAAGCGUCAACGCAUGGCUAUGGCCUGGCCCUACGGCAUUGCUGACCCUAACAUCUACGCCUACAUCGCUGCGGCUGCCGCAUCCUACCCAUACGGCAUCGCGGCGGCCGGAGCUCCCUUUGGCUGCUACUCCGGAAUGGGCUUGCAGCGCCCUCAGGCGGGACUCGCACAGCUCCCAAUGGCGGCCGGACUUCGACCAGGAACCGAGUAUUUCAACAAUCUGACCAACUCGUUCCUCCGACCCCCGACGAUGGUGGUGCCUCAUACUGUUCAUUCGCCUCCUCCAGUUCGGUCGCCGUUAGACCCAACAUCUCUUAUGGGGCACAGCACUUCCUCCACCCCCUCGACACCCCCUUCGGACUCCUUGUGCUCUAGCCCCUUCCCUUUCACGCCCACCCAACACAAACCCUCCACUGUGUCGACGAAGAGCAAUAGCUCUACAGCACCCAACGGACUCUUCCGACCGUUCCAGUCUGAAGUGGAGCGGACGUAGCCAUGCGUCGUCACGACACCCAUGUGAUGUUACAAAGACAUUUAAUACAUGUGAGAACUGAGACUUGGAGGACUCAAGUACUGUGCUGAGGUUGAGUUGUCUCCCUGCGCAGUAGCCGACCUGCUGAACGCCAGGUGGCGUCGCGAUGGUGCUCAACCACGACUGAGGAGACACGGUUGGACAAUGUGUGCUGUUAUUAUUGAUAUUGACUCGUCUCAGUGACCGGUAAUGACGACGUCGAACGCCGUCACAGACGCACGAAGUGCGUCACACUCACGCGCAUUAGGUGGACACGGGUACCCUGCGCACACAUCUGAACUUACUCAAGACGACGAUUGUCUCAUCCCUUAUACUCACUAUGUCAAAAUACGUUGUUUUUAUGUAAAUAUCGAAGAGAGAUUUAUGAUUGUUUUUGUUUGUACAUACUAUAUAUUCUUCAGUUUUGGAGAGUAAGAAAUAAAACUGUCUAUGUGAA